AUGAGUGUGGAAGAUCAUACUCAUAACUCUCUCAUGAACAUGAUCAUGUCUAAGAAACACAACAUGGGUAGUUGUUCAAUCUCGUUACCAUUGAUCCCUCUCUUGAUGGUAACAACAAUAGCACUUGUAUUUGGGGUCACACUCCAAAUUGUAACAUCUUCUCCACUACACACGACUAAUCGGUGGAUUGUGGAUGAAGGUGGGAAGAGGGUGAAGUUAGCAUGUGUGAAUUGGGUUUCCCAUUUGGAUACUAUGGUAGCUGAAGGCUUAAGCCAACAACCUUUGAAUGUGAUUUCUAAGAGAAUCAAAACCAUGGGAUUCAACUGUGUUAGACUCACAUGGCCAAUUUUUUUGCUCACCAAUGACUCUCUUUCUUCUCUUACUGUGAGAAAUUCUUUCAAAAACCUUGGCUUGCUUCAAUACAUCCCUGGUUUCCAAACCAAUAACCCCUCCAUCAUUGAUCUUCCCCUUAUCAAAGCUUACCAGGCAGUGGUUAAAAGCUUAGGAGACAACGAUGUAAUGGCCAUUUUGGACAACCACGUGACGAAGCCAGGGUGGUGCUGCGGUGAAUCGGACGGCAAUGGUUUCUUCGGGGACCAGUUUUUCGAUCCUGACCUUUGGAUUAAGGGGCUUACCAAGAUGGCCACCACUUUCAAGGGGGUCACUAAUGUGGUUGCCAUGAGCUUGAGAAAUGAGCUAAGAGGUCCUAAACAAAAUGUCUAUGAUUGGUACAGGUACAUGCCAAAAGGAGCAGAAGCAGUGCAUGGUGCAAAUCCAGAUGUUCUUGUCAUUCUAUCGGGCCUAAAUUUUGACACAGACCUAUCAUUCAUUGGAAACAAAUCAGUGAUUCUUAGCUUCAAUGGAAAACUAGUGUUUGAGUUGCAUUGGUAUGGCUUCAGCGAUGGUCAAGCAUGGAUGUCAGGGAAUUCAAACCAAGUGUGUGGGCUUGUCACAGGGAAAGUCAUGAGAAAUGCGGGCUUUUUGUUGGGCCUAGGAUGGCCACUAUUUGUGAGUGAGUUUGGGAUCGAUAUGAGAGCCCAAAACAUUAAUGACAAUAGGUACCUUAACUGCUUCAUGGCAUUGGCAGCCCAACUUGACUUGGAUUGGGCCUUGUGGACUUUGGUUGGGAGUUAUUAUAUCAGGGUUGCUGGAACCAUUGAGUAUUAUGGUAUUCUCAAUCCCAAUUGGAAUCAGGUUAGGAACACAGGUUUCUUGCAAAGGAUCUCCUCUAUUCAACUUCCUUUUCAAGGGCCAGGCUUACCAGAAGCUGUUUACAAAGUGAUUUUUCAUCCCUUGACAGGUCUCUGCAUCUUGAGAAAUUCAGUGAGUGACCCAUUGAGGUUGGGACACUGUUCUAAUUCUGAGGCAUGGGAUUACACAAACCAGCAAUUUCUAUCAAUAAAGGGUACAUCUUCGUGUUUACAAGCAGAGGGAGAAGGAAAGGAAGCAAAACUUGGAAACACAUGUUUGUCUCAAAAUGCAAAAUGGGAAAUGAUAUCUGAUUCUAAGAUGCACCUCUCAACUAAAGUCAACAACAGUUUUUAUGUGUGCCUUGAUGUAGACACCAACAAUGCCAUUGUUACCAAUACUUGCAAUUGCCUCAGCAAUGAUAACAAGUGUGACCCUUCAAGCCAAUGGUUCAAACUUGUCGACACCACAAGGAAGUCAACAACCUUAACAUUAUCUAAGCACUAG